UCUCUACUUACAAAAAAAAACACAAUAAAGUUAAGUUACAAAAACAGUAACAAGAGAUGGCAACUAGGUGUUUAGCCGUGUUCCUCGUUGCUCUUAUGGUGGUUCAAUCCGUCACUGCCACAAGACCGGCCCCGGUCAAGAAUGUAGGAGCUGGCCUUGACGACCAAAAGAACUUUGUUGCGUUUGCUGGCAUCGGUGGAGCUGCUGGAGUUGGUGGUGUUGGUGGUGUCGGAGCAGGUCUUGGUGGUGUAGCUGGUGGCGUCGGUGGUGUUGCCGGAGUUCUGCCUGUAGGUGGAGUAGGAGGAAUUGGUGGUUUAGGAGGUGUAGGUGGUCUCGGCGGUGGUUCAGGUCUCGGUGGUGGAAUAGGAGGAAUUGGUGGUGGUUCAGGUCUUGGUGGUGGUGUAGGUGGACUCGGCGGUGCAGGCGGUCUAGGUGGAGUUGGCGGUUUGGGAGGAAUUAGCGGCGGAAGUGAUUGCGGUGGUCUCACUCACCCUUGAAGAUAAAAGCGGUUUUUCUUUCCUCUAUAAACAAAAGAUCGAUCGAAGGGUUCAUAAUUAUUAAUACUUGUAUCAGUUUUAUCAUGUUAGUAAGUUUUUAUCCCCGAUGUAAUGUUUAUGUCUUUGUGUAAUUUCUAUAUAUGUUUAUUUUCAUGCUGUUUUGUUAUUAAUUAGUACUUAUGAGAAACCUUGUGCUAUCAAUAAAUAGAGUGUUUUUUUC